AUGCCAACCGAGACUGCGGGUAUAAAUGAUGCCAUGCUGGACGUUCCAAGGAUGUACACUCCUCAUCACUCACCCAGCUCUCCACCCCCCUUGUACAUAAUUUGAGCAGCAUGGCCUCCCACGCUCCCUCUCACUUAUCAGCUGAGUCCGAAUCUCCCACACUCAGAAGCCUGCUUUCCUUGUUCGGUGCUGGACCGGCGCACCAAAAGUCCGAAUCUGUGACCGUGGGAAAGGACGAUGAGGCUGUCCUAGGACGGCUUCCUCUUUUUCCCGCCGCCGAUUUUUUCGAAAACGUAUCAGCAGUCGGCAAAGUAAUUUGGGCCUUCGCCAAAGAUGACCUCUUCACUGCCACGCUACCCAACGCCAUCUUCGGCAUCACAGCAGCCAUCGCUGAUGCAUACCUCCGCGGCAAGGCUUUCGAAGGCGCGGGCCCUACCUUUCCCGAGAUAAUUACCAGACUCCCACUCACCUACUUCUUCAACUUCUACGCCCUACUCAUCUUUAAUCUCGGCAACCAGCGGCCCCAGGAGGGGUCCAUUGCCAACGAGCGCUUCAACAACGACAAGAAGCCUUGGAUGCCUUUCCCGCCCUCCUCCGGCAAGACCGUCACAACGCCCGAGCAGAUCCGCCGCAUUUACCUCACCCUGCUCCCUAUCACCCUCGCUCUCAACCACUUUCUCGGCGUCUGGCACGAAGGGCUGGUGAUCCACCUCCUCGCCUUCAUCUACAACGACCUCAGCGGCGGUAACGAGCUCUUUGUCCGCGACAUCAUUCUCGGCAUCUCGUUCGGGUAUAUCAACUCUGCCUCUCUCAAGAUUGUCCUCAUGGCUGGCAGCAGCAGCAGUAGCCCACAUCGCCACACCUGGACCUGGCUCAACCUCGUCAGCGUCCUAAUUGCCACCACCAUCGGUUGCCAGGAAUUCAAGAACCACAGGGACCACCCCAUCCCGGGGAACCAAGAGGGCAGCAGCGGUGAUAAGACCAUGAAGCGCAAAAAGACGCUAGCCAUCUUCCUCGGCGAAGCGGCGGUCCCGCGGGCACAGUUGGCCAUGAUGAUGCCGCUCUGGACGUUUGUUUGCGCGUGGUUCUGGCAGCUGAAGAUCACAGUCGCUGCCUAUUUUGUGCUCUACUCGCUGUUUCUGGCAAGUCGCGUACUCACGCAGAGGAGUGCGGGUGCCGAGGAGCGAACGUGGAGGCUUUGGGCGAGGUGGACGAUUGUGAUUUAUUUGAUCCCGCUUGUGGCUGCUUUGUCGACGGCUUGAGCUCUUGGCCUCUGGGCCUCCUCUGUGGUCAUGAGUGAGCAAGGGGUACAUCCUGGAAAACGCAGGUCUUUUCCAGACGACAUGAUGUUUCGUUGCCUGAAGGAGUCUCUGACGCGGGC